UCGGGGAGUGUGCGAGGCGGCCUGGCUUGUGUGCACUGGCGGAGACAAAGCGGUGGCUGAGGUGGCAGUGGCGGCAGCGGCAGUGGCGGCGGAGGAGCCCUAAACGCCAAAGUUUGUGGUGCUGAGUCCGGUCACCAUCUCAUCCAGCGCGGCGCGCGGGCGGCUGGUCUCGCGGCGGCGGCAGCGGCGGAGGCGGAGGCGGCGGCAGCACAUGGUUCCAAGAGCGCGCUGCGGUCGUUGGGUUCCAAUUCCGUGGGGAGGGACAAAGGCAGCUGUGAGCGCCGGGCAACGCCCGGUCGGGUGGUUCGCUCGCCACUGUCCUCGAUCCGGGCCUUGAAAGCUGGGACUAACUCCUCUUCGUGAGGAGGAGACCACGGGACCGAGGCCCAGUCAGGGCCUGAGAGCCUGAGGCCGGUGUCUGAGGGAAGUGGGGGAGGGGCGCGGCCCGCCUGAGUUAAUUUGGGCGGGUCAUUUCUGUGGCUACUUAGUGGGUCAUUGUGAGGUAAUUUGACCCACUACCCUGACGAAAUUGGGGCACACAGCAAGCUAGGUUUGGUCCGGGCUUUGAAAACAGAAAUCGGUCUUCAGCGCUUAGGAGAUCUUUCAGUUGGGAGGUGGUGAAGCCGGAACUAACGCCAUAUGCACUUCAUCAACAUCGUGGUCACCAGUCUGGGGCUAAUUUAAGGAUCUUGGGAUCAUUGAUGGCGAAGAGAUGGGUGGUUGUCCAGUUUUAUGACUGAAGUUGCUAAAUUUCCGGAUUGGUAAGUUUCCGGAUUGGUAAAUUUCCUCACAGGAAAUUUAGAGGAAUAACAACAAAAAAGGCUCGAAGAUCAUGAAGAUGGAGCAGUAAUUAAAUCGCCAACUCCAGUAUCAUCUACUCUAGGACCAACCACAUUCCACUCCGUGAACUGUCGCAAAUUAACGCUGAAGCUCCUUAAGACUACACGUUUAUGACGUAGUUCCUUCCAAAAUAUUACAUCAUAGUCAUUGAGAAGAUUAAAAAAAAAUGAAAGGAGAAAUUGAGUUUUGUUUUAGACAUCUUUUUGAAUAUAUCUUGGUUAGAUACUAGAUAACCUUGUUUAACUAAGGAGCACAGAUUUACGAAACCUUUACUGGAAGGAAUCCUGAAAAAUCUGUUCCAUUGUAAGCUUAUAGUUCCCAGUUAGUGGGUAAAGAACUGGAGACCUCACUGCACUCAUGGCUUUCACAAAUUACAGCAGUCUGAACCGAGCUCAGCUAACCUUUGACUAUCUACACACAAAUUCAACCACUCAUGAAUUCUUGUUUGGUGCUCUUGCUGAACUAGUUGAUAAUGCAAGAGAUGCUGAUGCCACCAGAAUCGAUAUUUAUGCAGAAAGGCGAGAGGACCUUCGCGGAGGAUUUAUGCUUUGUUUUUUGGAUGAUGGAGCAGGAAUGGAUCCAAGUGAUGCUGCCAGUGUGAUCCAGUUUGGGAAGUCAGCCAAGCGAACGCCUGAGUCCACCCAGAUUGGGCAGUACGGGAAUGGGUUAAAAUCGGGCUCGAUGCGCAUUGGGAAGGAUUUUAUCCUCUUCACCAAGAAGGAAGAGACCAUGACCUGCCUCUUCCUGUCGCGUACCUUUCACGAGGAGGAAGGCAUUGAUGAAGUGAUAGUCCCAUUGCCCACCUGGAAUGCUCGGACCCGGGAACCUGUCACAGACAACGUGGAGAAGUUUGCCAUCGAGACGGAACUCAUCUAUAAGUAUUCUCCCUUCCGCAAUGAAGAGGAAGUGAUGACUCAGUUCAUGAAGAUUCCUGGGGACAGUGGAACGCUGGUGAUCAUCUUCAAUCUCAAACUUAUGGAUAACGGAGAGCCGGAGCUGGACAUAAUCUCAAAUCCAAGAGAUAUCCAGAUGGCAGAGACUUCCCCGGAGGGCACGAAGCCAGAGCGCCGCUCCUUCCGCGCCUAUGCUGCCGUGCUCUACAUUGAUCCCCGGAUGCGGAUCUUCAUCCACGGGCACAAGGUGCAGACCAAGAGGCUCUCCUGCUGCCUCUACAAGCCCAGGAUGUACAAGUACACAUCAAGCCGGUUCAAGACCCGCGCGGAGCAGGAGGUGAAGAAAGCUGAGCACGUGGCACGGAUUGCUGAAGAGAAGGCAAGGGAGGCGGAGAGCAAAGCUCGGACAUUAGAAGUGCGCCUGGGCGGAGACCUCACUCGGGACUCCAGGGUGAUGUUGCGACAGGUCCAGAACAUGGCCAUUACCCUUCGCAGAGAAGCUGAUGUCAAGAAGCGCAUCAAGGAGGCCAAGCAGCGAGCGCUUAAAGAACCCAAGGAACUGAACUUUGUUUUUGGGGUCAACAUCGAACACCGGGACCUGGACGGCAUGUUCAUCUACAACUGUAGCCGCCUGAUCAAGAUGUAUGAGAAAGUGGGCCCACAGCUGGAAGGGGGCAUGGCAUGUGGCGGGGUCGUUGGGGUUGUAGAUGUGCCCUACCUGGUCCUGGAGCCUACACACAACAAGCAGGACUUUGCUGAUGCCAAGGAGUACCGGCACCUGCUGCGGGCGAUGGGGGAGCACCUGGCGCAGUACUGGAAGGACAUCGCCAUUGCCCAGCGGGGAAUCAUCAAGUUCUGGGAUGAGUUCGGCUACCUCUCUGCCAACUGGAACCAGCCUCCAUCCAGUGAGCUGCGUUACAAACGGCGGAGAGCUAUGGAAAUCCCAACCACCAUCCAGUGUGAUUUGUGUCUGAAGUGGCGGACCCUCCCCUUCCAGCUGAGUUCUGUGGAAAAAGAUUACCCUGACACCUGGGUUUGCUCCAUGAACCCUGAUCCUGAGCAGGACCGGUGUGAGGCUUCUGAACAGAAGCAGAAGGUUCCCCUGGGGACGUUCAGAAAGGAUCUGAAGACACAGGAAGAGAAGCAGAAGCAACUGACAGAGAAAAUUCGCCAGCAGCAGGAGAAGCUGGAGGCCCUGCAGAAAACCACACCCAUCCGCUCCCAAGCUGACCUGAAGAAAUUGCCCUUGGAAGUGACCACCAGACCUUCCACUGAGGAACCUGCACGUAGACCUCAGCGUCCUCGGUCACCUCCUUUACCUGCUGUGAUCAAGAAUGCCCCGAGCAGACCCCCUUCCCUGCAGGCUCCCAGACCAGCCAGCCAGCCCCGGAAGGCUCCUGUCAUCGGCAGUGUCCCAAAGCCUCCUGCCCCAACAGCGCGGGAGGAGGCCAGUACUUCCAGGCUGCUCCAGCCUCCUGAGGUGCCCCGAAAACCUGCCAACACUCCAGUCAAGACUGCGUCCCGGCCCGCCCCUCCCGUGCAGCCACCGUCACCAUCUCUGCUGCCCAACUCCAAGAGCCCUCGGGAGGUCCCCACCCCCCGAGCCAUCAAGACUCCAGUGGUCAAGAAGCCGGAGCCGCCCAGUAAACUCUCCCUGGCUGUUCCUGGUCGGAAGCGGAGUCUUGGGGUCUCUGAUGAGGAAGAAGCCGAGGAAGAGGCUGAGAGGAGGAAAGAGAGGUCCAAGCGGGGCAAGUUUGCCGUGAAGGAGGAAAAAAAGGACUUGAAUGAGCUCUCAGACAGUGCUGGGGAAGAGGACCCAGCUGACCUCAAGAGCGCUCAGAAAGAUAAAGGGCUGCACGUGGAGGUGCGUGUGAACAGGGAGUGGUACACAGGCCGUGUCACAGCCGUGGAGUUGGGCAAGAACGUGGUGCGGUGGAAGGUGAAAUUUGACUAUGUGCCCACGGACACGACACCAAGAGACCGCUGGGUGGAGAAAGGCAGUGAGGAUGUGCGGUUGAUGAAGCCCCCUUCCCCGGAGUAUCAGAGCCCGGACACGCAGCAGGAGGGCGGGGAGGAGGAGGAGGAGGCGGCGGUGGCUCAGCAGGCUGUAGCCAUGGCCGAACCCUCCACCUCGGACUGCGUUCGCAUUGAGCCCGACACCACCGCCCCGAGCACCAACCAUGAGACCAUUGACCUCCUCGUCCAGAUCCUUCGGAAUUGUUUACGGUACUUCCUGCCUCCGAGUUUCCCCAUCUCUAAGAAGGAGCUGAGUGCUAUGAAUUCAGAUGAGCUAAUAUCGUUUCCUCUGAAAGAGUACUUCAAGCAGUAUGAAGUGGGGCUCCAGAACCUGUGCCAUUCCUACCAGAGCCGCGCCGACUUGCGGGCCAAGGCUUCCGAAGAGAGCCUGCGUACCUCCGAGAGAAAGCUCCGCGAGACAGAGGAGAAGCUGCAGAAGCUGAGGACCAACAUCGUGGCGCUCCUGCAAAAGGUGCAGGAGGAAUCUGUGGUUCCACCCCUGGCUGCACAGCAUCCUGACCAGGAGGGCUGGAGGUGGUGCGGCUGCCUGGGCCUCAUCCCAGCCAGACCCACGGACAUAGACAUUAACACAGAUGACGAGCUGGAUGCCUACAUCGAGGACCUGAUCACCAAGGGGGACUAAGAGGCCUGGAGCCAGAGAUCAGCUCCCCUGCCCCUCAAGGCAGAGCUCCUGGGGGUGGAGUUUCAUUUAUGGGUUGAUGGACUUACCUUGGUUUGACUCACAUGGGAUAUUUGUGCUUUUGGAGGGAAAGAGACUCUGAUUCUUUGAAUCGUCCUCUCUAAGUUUAUAAAUAUUUAUUUUUUAAAAGAAACAAGAUGCUCUGCCUGCUGUGAGACCAUACAUUCUUUUGGUGACUCUUGCGCAGAGAACAGAAGCAGGACGCCAAGUCUGAGCUGCUUCUCUUGGCUCCUGGCUCCUCAAGGUGUGGUGAAUCCAGUGCCGUUUGGAAGUUGGGGAGGCUCCAGGGGCAGGGCUGGGGGAGGGACAGGGCCCCCCAGGCUAGUGCUCCCCCAGGAGCUCCAAUCCAGGGGAUCCCCACAGGGCCACGGUCAGGAGGAAGCUCAGCGCUGAGCAGCUCCCUGUCUCGUGGCUCCUGCCUCAGGUCGGGGAUGUGAGUGGUGGCCCAAGUGGUCGGUCUUGGCUGUGGCACCGUCCAGACAGCUUGGGGAAGAAAGAUCCUCCUGUUCAACUUCCCCAUUCACCACCUAAGUUCUCCCUGCUGGAGAACUCACAGUGGACAGUGAGGUUUCCUGCCUCAAACACUUGAGUCCAGGUUGUGGCGUGGACAGAUCCGACUCUGGUCAGACUGCUGACCUGGGUAACACACUGAAUGUUUGAAUUCCAAAGGAUUCCCUUUAGGAAAGGACCAUGUGUGUGAAGGAGCCCCUGUGCUGGUUGGUGGCAGCCUCGUCUGUGGGUGUGGCAGGGUCCUAGGGAGCGCAUCUUCCUCAAUGGUCCCGGCCAUCUGGAGAGCCUGGCACUGCUUUUUCUCUUACUGCGUCCCCCCUGUCUGGCCCCACCAGGCCCAGUCAAGGUCCCUGCUUUGGGGCAGAUGGGAGGAGGGGGUCACUGAGCCACAGGGACUCCAGAGGUGGCUCUGUAGGAAGCACACCAUGCCUUCCUUCCCACCUGGUCACAGCCUCAUAACAGCUGUGUCUCUCAACUUCUCAGGGUCAAAGACAAAGGCAAGAGUUGCUGAAUUUUCUCUUUAAGGGCCAUUGGAAAAAUUCUGGUUUGAUUUCUCCCGACUCUCUUCUUCCCCCUUUAUUUGGGGACUUUGGGUUUUCUGAAGGCACAAGAACUAUGGUCUUGUGCCACUGGUCUGCGAUUCAGACCUCUCGGUGUGUUUCCAGCAUCUACCCACCUCUGGUCAGCAGUGGCCACGUGCUGCCCCGUGAAGACUCCAGUAGGCUGGGAAGCGCUGGCGAGGGAGGCAGGCCCCAUGGGAAUCGGAGGUCUUUACCCACUUGUGCACGUGGCCAGAAGCACCUGUGACUUGUGGGUUUGGGACUUCUCCAAACCACAUCCCUGGGCAAGGGCUCUUUGGGGGAAAUACCAGUCAGAGAGGCCCUGACCUCUUCCUCUGGAAGAUUCGCUAAGAGUCUUAGGGCUUCUUGAGCUGGUGGUUCCUCUCCUGUCCAGCUCGCUCUCUUCAUCACAGGCAGCAUACGGUCCAUUUUUGUCCCCAAACCUGCUGUUUUAAUCUAAGUGCAAGCUGGUUCUGCAUUUUUACCAGAGGGUAAUACUGAAGUUUUUUAUUUACAUACCUGUAAUCAAAAUGCAAUACUAUAAACUUUCACUGGUGAGACUCCUGAACUCAGUCUGUUUUCUUCUCUUAGUAAAAUCCAGCACCUUCCUCCUCUUCAUUCUUUCCACCACUGUGGCUUUAAACUGUCUUCAGAUUCUUCCUCAUCUCCACCAUCUUGUCUUAUGUCUUCACCCUCCUGGACACCCAUAGAAACUGAAAUACUGAAUUUCUUAAACAUUUUAGUUUCAACUUCUGGGCGUUCCCACUUUGCUGUUUAAAUCCAACCACAGCGGUGCUGAAUGCAGCCUGCUUCUAGGCAGAGCUCCUUCCAUUCUGGGUGGGAAGAUAAGAUGCAGGGGUUCCUCCCCCUUCCUUGUCCUGGAUAACUAACCUGCUUGGAAUUGUCUAAAACUUGGGAGAAGAAGAUGGUCUGGCGGGUCUGUGGCAGGAAGGUCCUGAGUUCAAGGCGGCAAGAAGGUGAAUGAGUGCAGCGACCCUUGUUUUUAAGGAGUGGGAGGGAUGGGGACUUUGGUGCUUUUUGUUUUUUUUCAAGUGACACAUGCACAUGGUAAAAAUUCAAACAGUAUGAAAGAUUGGACCAUGAAAAGCAAGGCUCCCUCCUCCCCACCCCCCCGCCCCCCAAUGCUCAUUCUCCCUGGAAAGAGUAUCCGUCCUGAGCACACAACUACACAUCUACUGUUCUGUUUCUGCCUGUUUCUCACUUAGUAGAUCUUGGGACUUGUUUCUGAAGAGCUCACGUGGAUCUACUUUAUUCUUCUGAACAACCACAUAGCAUCUCAUCGUCUUGGAUGUAGUCAUUUAGUGGUCCCAUUUAUAGAGAUGUUGGUUUUUAAGGUUUACGAAAAGUGCUGUGAUGAGUGUGUGUGUGUGUGUAUACAUGUGUACUUAAUCGUUAACUCAGAUCUGGGUUUAUACAGGGUUAAGUUCCAAAGAGAGAAAUGGCUGUCGGACGGUGGAUGCAUUAAAAAUUCUAAGAUACAUUCCAGAAAAGACUUCCCAAUUUCAACUCCCACCAACAGUAUUUACCUUGCCCCUCACCCCCACUUGCCUGUCUGUAGUCUGUUCCAUCUGAACUGUUUACUAAUCUGAAAGGUGAAAAGUGACGGAUUUUUAAGUUGGUUUGAAUUAAUUUACGUGAGAUAGAACAUCUUUGUUGGCCGGUUGUGUUUCUCUCUGGGACACAGCUGUAGUUCUGAGUCUUGGGGUAGGGACUUUGUAAAUCAGAUGAAAAACAAGGGGCAAGUCCUCAGGGAAAUGUUCACCUUAUAUCACCCCUCAGCCCCUAAGUGUCCCAUGGAUUUAGCAUUACAAACCCCACAUCAGUACUGUAUUACUACGUCAGGACAAGGGUUUGACAUUGUUUACCAAAGGAAGGCAUAGGUUAAUAGGCUGAGAGAAACUUCUCUGGUUCCUCCUGUGUGAGUGGCACUGCUUUUUGGCUCCUCUUGUUAGGUCCAGUUCCCCUUGAAAGACAUGACUGUCUUUUAGACCCGUGGUUCAAGCAGCCCUGGGCAAGCAUCCACAGCUCUACAGACCAAUCCGUGUUAAGACUGAUAGAGCUCAAACUUCUUUCCCUUUUACACAGAACACAAGAUUUGGGCUGAGCGGGCCGUGCCUCCACUGGCUACUCGUCCCCGAUGUAAGGCUAUCCUGCAUCUGGGCCAGGCUGUAAGGGACCUGUUGGCAGUUGCCUAGAUGCCUGAAACAUCCUCAAAAUUCCACUGGAGGAUUCUGCCCUUUGCUGGAGAUGGAACCUCUGAGGCUUCCUUUGGAACGGCCACAUUGCUCUUCGUUCCUGAGCAGGUGGACAGCCAGCUUGGCCACAGGAGGCAGAGCUACAAAAGAACAUGCGUUCUCUGCUGCCAUGUUUGAGGCCUCCAACUGUCCUCAGCACUGCUGGGGGCACCCUCUCCAUAGUGAGCAAGACACAGACUGGACAGAGGAAGGGCCUGGCGAGGGACAAUCCCACUCAGCAAUGAGCCGAAAUGUUGCCAAGCCUGUUUUUUAGUCUGGCAGUUUUCAUGGCAGUAACUUGGAAUGUGCCAGGCCCAACUAGGACCCCUGGUGGAUCCUGCAGAAAUUUCCUUCUUUCAGCUCACAAGGCCUCAGACAAAUCACUGCCCAUCCUGGGUCCCCUUUUCCUCCUCUAAAAUAAAGGCAUUGGAUGACAGUA